AUGAACUACGCCGACGGUAACUACUACGACUCCCAGCAGGCAGCGGGUUAUUACUACCCUGAGGGGCAACAGGUGGACGACGGUUAUACAAUUGACCUCCGCCCACCUGAUAUCACUGAACAACAAGACAAUAUCAUUCAAUUAGUUGCAAAGUACGUGGUAGCGUCGUGUGAUGGUGCUCGGUACCAGAACAAGCUAAUGAAGAAGACGAAGUUUAAUUCAUACUUUGCCUUCCUCGCCUCACCAGAGCAUAAGUAUCACGAGUAUUACCAGUACCUUGUUCGUAGUUAUACACACUGGCGCCACGUCGCUGCAGCGAGUGCCGCCAACCAGGACAACAAUGAGGGUUACGCCUUCUACACGGAGCAGCUUCAGCAGCAAAUGUACGAUGCCAAUAUGUAUUAUGCCCAUGCCUACAACAUAGCUGCAGCAGAUAACUUGGCGGCAUCCGCGUCAGCAGUGGUUGGCACGGCAACGGGUGGAUAUUAUGAUGCCAACAGCGCUUUUCCCCUUCAUAACCAACAGCCACAACCCGAGCCGCUGAGCGGUAAAUCCGUUCUUGGAAAUGCGAGCGACGCAAUUAGUCAACCACUCGGGGAAGCUGAAAGCAGAAAACGUGCCCGCUCUGCAACACCAUUGGAAAGCAGCGAUGAUGAGGAAGAGGAUCAAGGAGUGGAGUUUGUCAUGGAAAAUGGUGUCGCCAGGGCUGUCCCAAGGAGAUCUUGA